AUGGAUGGUGAGGGAAGAGAGGAAGAUAAUGGUGGCGGAAGAGGAGCAGCAGGUGGAGGAAGGGCUAGCACUGGCGUUGGUGGAGGGAGGGUUGGAACCGGAGAUGGCGUUGCUGGUGGUGGCAGAAUUGGCAAUACAGGUGGGAGUAGAAUCGGUGUUGGGGGUAAUGGCGGUGGUGGGCAAGGUACUGGUGGAGGUGGAGCCGGGGCUGGGCAAGUACUGGUGGAGGGGGCCGGGGCUGAGACACAAGUAUGCAAGGCUGCGGAGGAGGAGGUGUUGGGGCUGAGACACAAGUUAUGCAAGGCGGUGGUGGAGGCGGUGUUGGUGGUGAUGGUGGAGGUGGGCAAGGAACCGGGGCUGGCGGUGGCGGUGGUGGUGAGCAAGGAACUGGUAUUGGUGGUGGUGGUGGUGAUGCUUCUACACAAUUAA